CUAGACCGUACCGACAUGGAUCACUUCGUCGAUAUAUUUGUUACAUACCAAAAACGUGGCAAAGAGACUGACCCAGGAGAGAUCGCAAAGCUGGAUGCAUUGUUGAGUCAGUGGACCUCCCCCGAUUCCCGGGGUAAGAGAAGAGCUGACUCUGAUAAUGACUCUUUCUCCAUAAAAUGCGUCGGUGUUUUUGAUACUGUCGGUUCGGUCGGUCUGCCUGAAGAAUUGACGCAUAAGUCGCCUUCCGUAAAAUCUAUUUUUGGCUUCCCCAACAAGGAACUUGGGGAACAUAUUGAGCAUGCAUAUCAAGCGCUUGCUAUCAACGAAAUCAGACUAGACUUUGACUGCUGCAAAUUUGCGCAAACGGACGGCGGACGGCGGAAAGGGCAGAUUUUGAAACAGUGCUGGUUUUCUGGUGAUCAUUCAGACAUCGGAGGCGGCUGGCAAGAACAUGACUUAUCUGACAUCACUCUUGCGUGGAUGGUGGCCAAUAUCGGUGACAUGUUGUCCAUUGAUAUUGCAUACAUCUUUUCGCUACUGGAUCCAGUGGCACCUUGGGGAGAGCGGCACCCACAUAAUCCACGCACCGGUAUAUUCGCAUUAUCGAAGGAACAUGUCAGAACACUUCCAACAGUCACGAAUAACAUCACGCACGAAACAAUCCACCCUUCUGUUCUCCGACAGAAACAAUCGAUCUCAUUCGAUCCCGCUCUUGUCUGCAAGUUGCUACCCCUGGAGGAAGAGCUACAGAAGAAAUGGCCAUAUAUUGAAGGGAAACACCAUGAACACAAGGUAGAUGGGGCAGUGUACGCGCGAUCAAUAACUUUUUUCUAUAAUCGUUUGUAGUGGCAUUUGUAUUUGCCUCGCACGACACUCCGCUGCAAGCCUAUUCCAUCAAAAAUUUUGGUGGAUUCAUCAUAGUAUAGCUUUUAUGUAUGACUAUGUAUUGGUAGCAACUUUGAUAGGUACAAAAUAUUGUAGAUCGUGUAAUGUUCUAUUCGAUGUUCUUAAAGCUUCCAAUUUUUUUUUUCAACCCACCUCAC